UGUUAGCACCACGCCCUACACCAAGGAACAGGAGGAGGAGGCUGCGAGGAUCUUGGCCGAGCAGAAGGCCAAAAAGGAGAAGGAGGUAGUGAAGCAGGCCAAGAAGUUGCCCUUUUUGCAGGAGCAAGCUGCAAAGAAGAAGAAGCUGGAGGAAGAGUUGGAAGACUGAAGGAGGAGGAAGAGAAGCUGAAAGCAGUGGAAGCAGAAAAAGAAGAAGAAAAAAAAAGGUGGAAGAAGAAUUGCCCCUGAUCAGAAAGAGUAUCAGGGAAAGAGGGGAGUCAAGUGGCACGACGAAGGAGGACCCCUGGUUAGAGAAGAAGGUUCCUGAAUGGGUUGCUAAUCUGUCCCUGGGUGAAGAGGAGGAGACGAUGUUGUAUGUCCCUAGGGCAGAACAGGAGGCGAUCGUUAAGGAGUUGGAAGCCGAAGAAGAUCCCCUCAAGCGUCAGACGAUAGAAGAGGAGAAGAAGUUAGAAUGGAAGUUGCCUCUGAGUAGGGAAAAGAAGAAGAGAAUGGAGGAGGCGAGUAAGGCGGCCAAGGAGUUAGAGGUGGUGAAGCAACAAAGGGCGCAGUUGGAGGCGCAGAAGGAUUGGCAGGGAAAGAUGGAGGUCAUGGCGAGGAACAUAGAACUCCUGGCAAGGGCUCACGAAGAGCAGUAUCAGUUUUCGAGGGGCCAGGAUGUAGCUUUACGGCCCAUACAAUUGGGGUUUAGAGAGUUCGCACAGGAAAUGAUGAUGCAUGUGGGCUCAGAGGUGAAGGCGAGGUUAGAAAGCACGGAGCGCUUUUGUACCGGCGGCAUAGAAGGCGCAAAACUUGUUGCUCCAAGGGAGGAGGAAGUUUGUCCCCGUAGAGGGUCUGUGAAGGUGAAGUUUCCUGAUUCCUACAACGGGAAGAAGGAGGAGAACUUCAAUAAUUGGGAGGCAAACAUGAACUCCUAUGUACACCUUCAAAAGAUAGCUCAUGAGGAACAUGUCCUCACUGCCUUUCAUGCCCUUAAAGACGAAGCAGCUAGCUUCACCAGGCCGCUUUCCCGUGCUGCUAAGUGCGAGAACGCUAUGGUCACAUAUUCCCUGAUCACCCCUUUGAGUGACUUUUUUAAGUUGCUGCGUGAGAGAUUUGCAGAUGUGACGCGAAGUGUUAGAGCUUCUGACAAAUUGCAGACCAUCCAUUCCCACGAAUGGAGUGCUAGAGCACUCAAGGGCGUCAUGGAUGAACUGGUCGUCGUCCCUGACCAUGGGGUCACUGAAACCCAAUUGGCCAACCCGUUUUAUCGUGCCAUGCCCGAACCUUUGCGUGGGCACUUCUUUGAGAAGAUUAGAGAGUCUACCAUGACCUACGAUACUCUGAGUAGGGAAGUGGUAGCAUUUGAAGUGCAGUCCAUGCUAGUUUCCACUUUCUGGCAUAAGGACCUAGACAAGGGCAAGAAGUGGAAAGGUUGUACCAUCUCGGGUCAGCGGCCGAAACUGAAUCGCGGCCGGCGGGAAAUCCGGAUCGGGACCACGAUGCGUCGGACGGCAAUACAGGCGGGGCUCGCCGCGCGUUCCUGUCCGACGAGGACAGCAGAGGUAAUAAUGCGAGCCGCCGCUCACGGGGUCCGCCAUGUCGCCCACCCAUGGUCAUCCUAUAACUGUCGCACACCCAGCACUGCGUCGCCAUCGCCGUCUUCUUUGCUGACAGUACCAUCUUCGUCGCAAUCGACGGCCAAUAAAGCGACAUCGCCUUCGUUGGAGGGGCGAUGUGCGGCUGGAGGAGGUCUCUCUCUCUCGGCCGCACGAUCAUCAUCGUCGACGACGAGAGUCGCACGAGUCGCACAACAGCUGGUGCCGGGACGUUUGUCCCGCGGCGCGUGCCACACGCGUGGGCGACGCGGCGUCGCACCGGCGGGGGGCCAUUGCUGGCACACUGACUCCUCAGGUGUCGAACAUCCAAGAAGAAGAGAAAGGCAGCGGAGGGGUAUCGUCACCACCAUGGCCAAGGAAGAUUUGGUAGAGCCUGUCGUCGCGGAGGCUCACUCCGAACAUCAGAUGAAGCUCAUGUUUGAAGAUGAGUGUAUUCUUGUUGACGAGAACGACAACGUUAUUGGUCAUGACUCCAAGUACAACUGUGUCCGCAAUGCGGCGCAACGGAAGCUGUUGGAUGAGCUGGGGAUAAAACCCGAGCAAAUUCCCGUCGACAAGUUCACUGUUCUCGGGCGAAUCCACUACAAGGCCCCCUCACAUGGGAAAUGGGGGGAGCAUGAAGUGGAUUACUUGCUAAUCAUGCGAAGGGAUGUCGAUCUGGAGCCGAAUCCGGAUGAAGUGGCGAGUGUGCAGUACGUCGACAGAGCGGCGCUGAGGGAGAUCGUACGGAAGGCCGAUGCCGGCGAGGAGGGUAUCACCCUCAGUCCUUGGUUCAGGUUGGUGGUGAAUACAUUCCUUUUCAAAUGGUGGGACCGGCUGGAGGAGGGAACACUCGAGAGCAUUGUCGACCUGGACACGAUCCAUCGCUUCUAGAAAAGAAGGGCAUAUUGCCACGCUCUCGCCGCAUCUGGACUUCUCUCUACCGUGUCAUUCGUUGGCGGCGCAGUUGGCGCCUUCGCAGGGCAUCACACUCACACUAGGACUUUUGUACUUGUUUCUGGACAUAAUUGAGGUCAGAUGCAUCCAGGUAGGGCCGUACUUAACGGUCGGAUACAGUUACGAUUCUGCCAGAGUCUCAGUUUGCUCUUGGCCAGCAUCGUCGGGAACACUGAACCGCAUUAUCUUCACAGUUAUUUCAUCAGAUCCUACAUGUCAAAAACCAAAUAAACAAAAAUAAUUAAAUAAAUAAAAUAAGAUCCCUCGUGCCACUUCAUCGCCAUCGAACUUCUUCUACUAUCCGCAAACUCGUGCUUCCUCUCUUCUAUUCAGAAUCUCAGAUCUUUGCCGGCUUCGUCGGCAUUAACACGAGUUCCGGUGUUAGUAUGAAUGAGAAAGAAGAUCGUUUUAUGUUGUCUUGUGUCUUGAUGACUUGUCCCUUUCACUCUCUCUUCUCUUCUCUUCCCUUAUAUUCUAGCCUACCUGCGAACCGAUCUUAGCUAGCAUUCAUGUCAUCCGAUCUGAGCGAGCUUUGUCGGCAUCAAGGUGAUGUGUUGCACUAUUGAGAAGAAGAUCAUGUUUGCUGCCUCGAGGACUUAUGCAUUUCUUUCUGCUCUCUUUUUUUUUUCCUCCUCGCCCAAUUUCUUUCUGCUCUCUUCUCUUCUCUUCUCCUGUCGUCUAACUUGCCUGCAAACCAAUCCUUAGUGUACCUGGAUGCAAAGGCAUUGACUGUUCACAACCACAGCUUUGAUU